AUGCUCCCCGGAUUGAGCGACCUGUUUUCGCUCGUCGAGCUACCCAGAAUCGCCGAUGUGCCCAACCACCAGCGCAUAGUGCUUCCCCACAGCCAGAAAAGCCUCUCUUUCGAGGAAACCGACUUCAUACAUUUGGGUAUGUCUAAGCUGAUAAUCUCGAGCUACGUGUUGAAACCCACGCCGAAACUCGUUUGGUCUUUCCCAUUGUCGUCUAGUACUCUUGUGGACAGCAUGGACGUGAAGGGCGAUUUGUAUGUUGUGGGACUUAGCGAAAGAAGAAAGCACUUGGUGAAGUUGAUCAAAAAGUUCGGAAACGAGGAGUCCAGUACAGCAGAAUAUCCCGUCACAGCACCUGCAGCGGGAAUCAUGUUUGGCGAGGACUCCUCCAUAUACGUGCUUUCCAAAGAUGGCUCAGUGGAACAUCUCGAAUAUAAGGAAGCUGAAGCCGAUGCAGAGGAUCCAUCCCACAUCUCCUUAAGCAAAGCAUCUAUGUUGAGCAGCUUGCCUGUGCCCACCAGAUCUUCAGUACACAGCGUCAUUUACCACACAUUCAUUUCCGAGCAUUCUUUCCAGCACAAGAGCUCUCUUUUGUUCUACAUCACUCGUCUGAACAAGUCGAACAAAUACACUUGCAGAUUGGUCGGCCUUGAUGGCGCCAGGACGUUUGAGAUCUACAGUAUAACAUUUGAGAGACCCGGUCUUGACGAGUGCCUCUUCACUUAUGCUGACGGCGUAUUGUACACAUUUGACAAGACCACCAAGUCUGUCUCUUCUGCUUCGCUCAUGAAGCCACACAAGACUAUCAAACUGGUGACUUUGCAGCCAAUUCUUAGUAACUUCAAGGACGAGGAAUAUGGCUUUUAUGCUCCUGCUCCCGAGAGAUUGCUUAUCUCAGCCCUGUCAAAACUCUUCUUGAUCAACUUUAAAUACGAGUCGUUGCUUGACAAGUUCCAGCACGAUCCUCAGAUCAAGUUGCACUUCAACUUUGCAUUGCCCACAAAGGGCGACUCAGAUAUACUGAGCUCCACAUAUGCCUUGUACUUGGGCUACAACGAAAAGAGAAAAGCCAGCAAGCUUAAUUACAUCCAGGUUGAGGUUGGCAAAAAUACUUUGAGAGAGUCUUUGGGCAAGGCUCUCCAGAAGGAUGGACAACAGUUGAAGGUGUACCCUGCCCUUCUGUCCAAUAAUUUGAAAUUAGCCGUGAAGAAGGACACAGCGGAGUUGAACGAGGUGUUUGAGUCUUUGAAGGAAAAGACGGAUCCAACAGAAUUCAGCAAAGCCGUGAUCAAAUUCUUCAAGAAGGAAGAAUUGAAGGAUGGCAAAUCCUACUCGCAUGCGAUCACCGACAAGGUCAUUGACUCUGUGUUCUUGAACCGUAUUCUUGGUCUCAUAUUCCAGGUUGACCAAAGAGACAAAACCGUUCAGGUGAAGAACGAGUCUUUCAUUCCAGAAACUGCAGUGGCUUACCUUUUGAGUCACCCUCUUUACCCUACAAAAUACGCAAAUGGUCUUCUUUUGCUUUUCAGCCAGCUCAACGAACCUGAGUUGCUCAAGACUGCCAUUGAGAAAUGUCCAGCACUUUCAAUUGACGAUCUCACAAACGAACUCAAUAACUUGACGGAAUUGGCGGACGAGUUGGACAAGGACUCUGAGAAUGCCGGUCUGGCUCAGUUGAUCCUUAUGUUCUUGAAGUCCACGAUCGACAGACUUGUGAAGAACUUCUCUCUUCCACAAAUUACCAAGAAGUUGCUGGAAAUCUUGACCGCAGAGUACGACGGCUACAGCAAGAAAUUGGAGCGUAUGCUUGGUGUUUUCAUCAACAUCAACAGCACGAGCUCCUGGGAUUUGGUGCAAGCCGUGAUUGAUGCCGGUGGACUUUUCAACUGGUCCAUUCCAGUAAUUGAGAAGCUUGGUUCUCUUAUCGACGCCAAAGUUGACUCCCUUGGUGCUAAUAGCUACAACUUGACGCUUGUUAACCAGGCAUUGCAGGCUGACAGCAACAAGAAACAGAAUAAAAAGAAGACAACCAAAGCAUCUGUCGUGGACAACAUCCACGAAAUUGGCACGCAGAAGGAGGAGUUGGAUGCUCUCUUGACCAUGAGCAACGGCACCACCAACCAGAAGUUGCGUGUGGACGAGGGAAUCGAGUUGGCCAAGCGGAUUCCAGCUUACUCGAGAGAGAAGUUGGUUUUGUAA